AAAUAAAUUCCUAUAUAUAUUAUAUAUAUAAAUAGAACGUGCUUCUUUUUUUUAAAUAUCAGCCUUACGUAAACCAUAGCUAUGGUGUACGUUAGACUUGUUUUCUUGGCUUUGAUAGCAACCCUAUGGGAGGUAUCGGAAUGCAGGUACGUACUGCGCCGCGCCAGGCCCUGCGGUCUGCAGCCGCGCGUCGUACCUCGCGUUGUCUGCUCCUCAAGAUACGAGCACGCACUGGAGAACAUCGUCUCUAAACUGAUACAGGCUUUAGUAGUCACUAAUGUUGAGAGUGGAGGGUCUGGAGGUGCCGGCGGCGGUGGUGGUAUCGGUGGUGGAGCUGGCGGAUCUGGUAGCGGAUCUGGUGGCGGAUCUGGUGGCGGAUCUGGUGGCGGAUCUGCUGGCGGAUCUGGUGGCGGAUCUGCUGGCGGAUCUGGUGGAUCAAAUAAAUCGCUAUUAGGUGUCGAAGUAGAUGCGAUCGGACGGAGGCUGCUAGACUUGGAAGUGCUGCCUGAGAGCAUUGGCGGAUCUGGCAGCGGAUCUGGUGGUGGAUCUGGUAGCAGAUCUGGUGGCGGAUCUGGUGGGACCGGUGGUGGUAGCCAAGGAAAUGGUGGAUCUGGCUCUCCUUUAGGAUCGGUAUUAGGAGUCGACGUAGAUGCGAUCGGACGGUCGCUGCUAGACUUAGAAGUGCUGCCUAAGAGCAUUGGCGGAUCUGGCAGCGGAUCUGGUGGUAGAUCUGGUAGCAGAUCUGGUGGCGGAUCUGGUGGGACCGGUGAUGGAAGCGAAGGAAAUGGUGGAUCUGGCUCUCCUUUAGGAUCGGUAUUAGGAGUCGACGUAGAUGCGAUCGGAAGGUCGCUGCUAGACUUGGAAGUGCUGCCUAAGAGCAUUGGCGGAUCUGGCAGCGGAUCUGGUGGUAGAUCUGGUAGCAGAUCUGGUGGCGGAUCUGGUGGGACCGGUGAUGGUAGCGAAGGAAAUGGUGGAUCUGGCUCUCCUUUAGGAUCGGUAUUAGGAGUCGACGUAGAUGCGAUCGGACGGUCGCUGCUAGACUUGGAAGUGCUGCCUAAGAGCAUUGGCGGAUCUGGCAGCGGAUCUGGUAGCAGAUCUGGUAGCGGAUCUGGUGGGACCGGUGGUGGUAGCGAAAGAAAUGGUGGAUCUGGCUCUCCUUUGGGAUCGGUAUUAGGAGUCGACGUAGAUGCGAUCGGACGGUCGCUGCUAGACUUGGAAGUGCUGCCUGAGAGCAUUGGCGGAUCUGGCAGCGGAUCUGAUGGUGGAUCUGGUAGAAGAUCUGGUGGCGGAUCUGGUGGGACCGGUGGUGGUAGCGUAGGAAAUGGUGGAUCUGGCUCUCCUUUAGGAUCGGUAUUAGGAGUCGAUGUAAAAGCGAUCGGACGGUCGCUGCUAGACUUGGAAGUGCUGCCUGACAGCAUUGUCGGCUAAUAUAACUAUUUAAUGUUACGUUAAAAUUACAAGCAUGUUGUGUUCAUAUCAAGAAUUAAAAAAAAAACAAUAUUAUUAAUUUUUAAAUUGUCAAAAUUGUUAGUAUAAACUUGUUUGUGUAACGUCCACUUUUAUGAAUCUAAUAAAUAACUGGAGUAGUUAUUUA